CCGAAUACAUAUGUUGUUCGAUCCGAUUAUUAGUUUUAGUGCCGUAGUAUCGAACGCUCUCCUCUCAGGUCGCCACGAUGGUCCCAGACUGAACUACUGAAGCCCGAGCCAGCAGAGCUCGAAACACCGCCCCACGGGCCACGGUCAAAGGAAGGGAUGAUAAUGAAUACGAUGGCGAGCCGCGUGGCUUACGGGCUGUACAGGGCGGCGGGGCGUGCGGCUGAGCCGGCGUUGCAUCUGUUGCUGCGAUGGCGGCGGCUGCGGGGGCUGGAGCACCCCACUCGAUGGCCUGAGCGCUUCGGCCGCCCCUCCUCUCCCCGCCCCCUCCCUCCCGCACCGGGUGGCCGCCCCUGCGUCCUCUGGUUCCACGCCGUCUCCUUAGGCGAAGGAUUGGCCUCCAUUCCCCUCAUCAAGCACUGCCUCCGCCACCGCCCCGAUUUCCUUGUUUUAAUGACCACCACCACACUAUCCGCCUUUGAAGUUAUUAAAGAUCAGCUUCCAAGUUGCGUUAUAUAUCAGCUUGCACCUCUUGACUCUCCUAUGGCAAUGGAAAAUUUUCUUAGCUAUUGGAAACCUGAUGCAGUCCUCCUAAUGGAAAGUGAAUUGUGGCCAAACCUCAUUAUUUCUGCAGCAGAGAGAGGAAUUGCAGUGGUAUUGUUAAAUGCUCGAAUGUCUCUCAAAUCUUUUAAGCGCUGGUCUGGGUUACUAGCCCUCCCCUUAAUCUCAUUGAUGUUGUCGAAACUUUCUCUAAUUGUCUCACUGAACACUGUUCAGGCUGUGCGUUUUCAGUUGCUACAUGCAUCACCAUCUAUCAUCCAUUUUGCAGGUGAUCUAAAGUACGGUAUGCUUCACACGCUGAGUUAUGCUGUUGGAGAUUUAGAUGUUUCAGAGAAAGAUGCAAGAAAAAUAAACAAUCUGCAGCUGCAGAUGAACAACAGGCCUAUCUGGAUGGCAGCAUCUGUACAUAAGGGCGAAGAAGAAGUCAUGCUUUGGGCUCACGAUGAAUUGAUCAAGAUAUUCCCUACAUUACUCAUGAUUCUUGUGACAAGACAUCCUCAGGAUGGCCAGAAGAUUGCCUCAGAACUUAAAAAACAGAGAGUGAAUGUUUCACUGAGGUCCAGAAGUGAAGUAAUUUUCCCAAGUACUAGUGUCUAUGUGGUUGAUACGUUAGGAGAAUUAAGAAUGCUUUACAGGGUCACUCCGAUAGCAGUGAUUGGAGGUUCCUUUUUACCUGGUUUGGCCGGUCAUAAUGUUUCUGAGGCUGCUGCAAUGGGUUGUGCUGUCUUGACUGGUCCCCAUGUUGGGCAUUUCUCCCAUAUGUUAGGGGAGAUGCGAAAAUCAAAUGUUUUAUCAGUUUCACAGGUUGCUGGAAAAAUCGAACUGCUGGAAACACUUAAACUACUGUUGGGUGAUGCCAAGGCAUUGGAAGAUCGACAAAAAGCUGCAAAACAAGCCUUUUCAAUUAUGUCAAACGGAGUUGUAGGCCGUGUCUGGAAUCUAGUUAAUACUAUUGUUCUUGAAAAGUUUGAUGGCGUGGCAUAUUGAAUAGCUAUAUUAAUGCGAUAGUGAUAUAUGUUAAUAUGUCAAACUACCAGGAUCCUAGUGGUAGGUUAGAGGAAGAUUGAGGGGUAUUAGGAAGACUCGGGAUUUUCGGGGUAGUCUUAACUGGGAGGAGAGGAAGAUUGAGGGGUAUUAGGAAGACUCGAGGGAUUUUCAGGGUAGAGUCUUAACUGCGAGGACUUUGGCUUGGGAUAGAAUCUAGCUCUCGAUUCUUAAAAAAAAUAAUAAUAAUAACAAUAAAGAAAGCAAAAAGAGAAACUAACAAUAUGGUGUGAUUAGCUGUUCUGAAGUUA